UUGUGUACAGGCUGGCUAGAAAUUAACAAAAAUAUGUCGAAAUUUCGUGUUUUGGUUCCGAAUUGAAGAAUACUGUGAAAAUAUUUCGUGUAUUGGAACGCCGAACAUGAUUUGACACAUAGGGAAGCUUCGAAGGCCGUUUUUCAUUCGGUUUCCCGGCGUUUGUGGUAAGUUUAAGCGGGAACUUCCCGUCAAAUGAGCGAAAUUUUUGCCAAUGCCUGAAUCGACUGACUCUGGGCUUGGAUCGCCAACCAUGGAUAAUAACACAGCGAAUCGUCGAAAUUCUGGCUCGCCAGAGAUCUCGCCAAAAGAGCCGAUGUUUUGUACAGCCUUGUAUGACUAUGAAGCCGACGAUUUAGACGAAUUGACGUUCAAAGCUGGCGAUCGAAUCGAGAUUUUAAGCAGGGACCAAGAAGUUAGCGGUGAUGAAGGUUGGUGGGUUGGAAGAGUUGUCAGCUCGAAGAGUGCACAAAUAGGGUUAUUCCCGUCGAACUAUGUAGGCACAAAUGAUGCUAUAAUAACAGAACAAACCGAGGACUCCAGGCUACCGUUACAAGUCGAUUUCUCGCUCAUCGAACUCACCGAAGUUAUCGGUGUCGGUGGUUUUGGGAAAGUUUAUCGAGGCGUCUACGAGAGUCGAGACGUCGCUAUUAAAGUUGCCCGUCAAGAUUUGGCCGAGGAGAUAGAAAAGACACGGGAAAAUGUGCUGCAAGAGGCUAGGUUAUUCUCUAUUUUAUCGCAUUUAAAUAUUAUCAAUCUGUACGCCGUCUGUCUGCAAGAUCCGAACUUGUGUUUGGUAAUGGAGUAUGCUCGAGGGGGAUCACUUUGUCGGGCUUUGUCACAACACGGCAAAAAUAUUCCGCCUGAAGUACUUCUGGACUGGGCUAUCCAGCUCGCUAGGGGAAUGAAUUACCUUCAUAUCGAAGCCCCGAUUCCCCUCAUUCACCGGGAUCUGAAAUCUGGCAAUAUUCUGCUACUGAAGAAGAUCAACGAAAAUAACUAUAGCGGAAACGUUUUGAAGAUCACGGAUUUUGGUUUAGCACGCGAGAUCAAGAACACGACACGAAUGAGCGCUGCUGGAACCUAUGCGUGGAUGGCACCUGAAGUCAUUCGACACUCGACUUUUUCGAAAGGCAGUGAUGUAUGGAGUUAUGGUGUUGUAAUCUGGGAAUUGCUGACGGGACAAGUUCCGUACCAUGGGAUCGAGGCCAUGGCCAUUGCUUAUGGCACUGCAAUGAACAAACUCACGCUGCCAAUUCCUUCGACGUGCCCAGAAGCAUUCGCCGAUCUCAUGAGAGUGUGUUGGAGUCAAGAUCCUCACGAGAGGCCGACAUUUUCAAAGAUCAUUAAAAUUUUAGAAGAGAUAAAAAACUCGAAUUUCAUUGCGACCGAGCAUGAAUCAUUCCGAACGAUGCAGAAAGAUUGGCAGACUGAAAUUAAACAGAAUUUUGCCGAAUUAAAGGAACGAGAGAAGGAGCUCUCUUCUAGAGAAGAAGAACUUGCAAAGAUGCAACACGCCAACGAAAAUCACGCUGAAGUUUUGAAGAAGAGAGAGAAAGAACUACAAGAAAGAGAAAUGAAUUUACUGGAACGGGAGUUAAAUAUAAUCAUACAGAAGCAAAAUCAAAAACCAUCGCCAAGAAAACGAAAAGGGAAAUUCUUUCGAAUGAAAUUGAGGUGGUCUGGACGGGAAAAGAUUCUUCGAAAUAAAAUCAGCGACCCUAUAGGAUUCCAGCACAUCGUGGGCGUGCAGGCUACUACUGCCACGGACGGUAACAAUGGAGAAUCACUACCAAACUCGCCCGUCUAUUCACCGAAUCUAAGUCGCUUAAGGAUUUUCUCCUAUGACAAAGUCGAGGAGCCCGUCGGUCCACAAGUCAAUCACAUGCCGAAGAAGAAGAUCAGAACAUGGGGUCCCAGCUCGGUAACUCAGAAAGACAAAUCAAAGACGACGACUCCAAAGUCGAAAUCUCCCAAGAUUAAUCAUCAACAUCGAAGCACCUCUGCCCCAAACCUCGACUCGAACUCGUCCAACGGCAUGAGCGCCUGGGCAAGUACGGGAAAUCUAGAUCCGGAUGACGACAGCGCUUCGAGCAUGUCAGAUGUGGGCAGCACUUCAACCUUGGCUCGUCUGCGCAGUAGAUCCUCCAGGAAGCGCUGUGAUCUCGCGAUGUGUCACAUUGGCCUUCUCAUGGUCGCCAUCACUGGCAUUGACGUCAAAUCGAUAGCAAUCGCCCGGGAGGAGGCCAUAUUGGAAGAACAGGGUGGACGGAAGAAACGAGCUAUUUCCUUCACCAAACAUAAAGCCGAACCAGUCCUUACUGGAUAUCGCGCGGGCAGCAUGUGGAAGAGCAGUUCGAUUUCAAGCGAUGAGACUGGGUCGGGUAGCGACGGAUUAUUUAAUUUUUCUCCUCUCUCGGAAAAACAUCGCACGCAAUCCCUAGGACGGCGACCAUGGUCCAAGUCCGCCAGCCAGCCGGACGUCGACGGCGUUUACUAUAAGAGGAUCGACUCGGAAUCCUCCGUCUUCGCCGAAACCGAGACGACGCGAAGCACCGCGCCGUUGCUGAACGCCACUGCGCCGUUGCUGAACACCAGAAGGGCCACCGAAGGUUCACGAACUAUGAAAUACGAUCGCGCCACAAGGGCGACUAAAAACGCAUUAAAAAGCAAGUCGUCUGAUUCAUUACCAAGAAACCUUAGCAGUCAGGAGAUCAGAACGAAGUCGCCCGCGGAGUCUCGAGGUAAUGAUCAGCGGUAUUCCAUGCCCGAUAUCGAAUCACAACUUCCGGUGGCAAAACUUCCGCCCCCUCCGUCAUCGAGCUCGAACCGUGAUCUCUCGCGGUCACCCAAAACUGGACUGCUACUUGAGCUAAAUGGCGGGAAAAAUAUCCGUCCUCGACCGCGGGCUCAAAAGAACAGCAGCUCUACCGAUGAAUCCAUGACCCCAACUGGACUAACCCCGGAGUCGGAGACAGCUAAGGGCUUUGAUAAUCUCGGAAAGGACGAACCUCGGCCGCGAACAAAAACUGCUUCGUCGACAAUAACGGACCUAUAACAACGAUAAUUCUAUAUUUUGUAAAUACUAACAUACUUUUAGAAUAUUAAUUUUUUCAGCAA